GGCUCAGUCCGGCCCACCAUUUGGCGGGAAAUACAUAUAAAAUGGAGGGUAGUUCAUCUUCUUCACCUGCUCCUGGGCUUAAGUCCGCCUUCUCCUCAGAGUAUGAUCGUUCUCAGCUUCCUGACCUUUUAAAGUUCUAUUACUCCUGGAUAUUUCCUUAUCAGAAAUAUUACGAGUGGCUCUGCUAUGAUGAGGAUAGUUUCAGCCACAGAGAGUUCUCCUUCACGUUGGAAGAUGACGUUUAUGUCCGUUAUCAGUCGUUUGACUCCUGCUCUGCUCUCAAGGAAGGAAUUAGGAAGAACUGUCCAUUUAAAAUUGAUAUUGGAGCCAUUUUUAAUCACAAGCCUAGGAUACACAAGUCCAUUCAGCCAGGAAACUUUAGAGCCGAGAGCAAAGAGCUGGUCUUUGAUAUUGAUAUGACCGACUAUGACGACAUAAGAACCUGCUGCAGUGAUGCUAAUAUUUGUCACAAUUGUUGGACGUUUGUCAAAAUUGCCAUCAAAAUCAUUGACAGGGCCCUCAGUGAGGACUUUGGUUUUUCCCAUCGUCUUUGGGUUUACAGCGGAAGGAGAGGAGUCCAUUGCUGGGUCUGUGACCCUCAGGCUAGGAAACUGAGUCAGUCAGCAAGAACUGCCAUUGCAGAGUAUCUUACGCUAGUUAAAGGAAACGAUCAACAAGUGAAGAAGGUCAGUCUAAAGCAGCCAAUCCAUCCUUCAAUAAAUAAUGCCUUGGGUAUCAUUGAUGAAUAUAUUGAGACACUAGUGAUGGAACAGGACUACCUUUCCUCUGAGGAAAGAUGCAACAAACUUGUAAGAUGUCUCCCAAGAAGAUAUUCUGAACAGUUACAGGAAGAUUGGAAAGCUAGAAAUGAAACGUCAUGGACAAGAUGGCAACGGAUGGAGUCAGUACUAAACAGAGAUACUGAUGAUAGAACAUGCAAGGAGGUGAAGCUACAGUACUCUUACCCUCGUCUUGAUGUUAAUGUCACUAAAGGUCUCAACCAUUUGCUGAAGAGUCCUUUAUGUGUCCACCCUAAGACAGGCAGAGUCUGUGUUCCUAUUAAUUUGAAAGAGAUUGAUGAUUUUGAUCCGUUUGCUGUCCCGACAGUCAGUCAGUUGUGCCACGAGUUUGAAACCAGAACUGAUGGGAAGAAAGAUUAUCAUUGUACAUCACUGGCUCCUUAUAUGACGACUUUUGUUCAUUUUGUCACGUCUCUUCAAAGUUCCUCAUCAGCUCAGAGAAGGAAAUCAGGAGCAACUAGUAUGGACUUUUAGCUCAGUUUUGUUUCAAUUUCAAACACUUUUUGAUUUUUAAACAUAAACUUUAUUAUACAGAGAGAGAGAGGCAGUAACUAUAUAUUAACAAUAGGAGUCCAUGAAGGACUACUAGACACAAUAAAUGAAUGAUUUAUAGAUUAAGUUCUAGUUGUGCUUGCCCUUUUUCUGUUUCUUAAAUUUCUUUAUUUUCUUAUCA